UCAUUUUCCAGCCAAACCCAAACUUUUAUUUUCUUCUUCUCUUACACUACAAACCACAGUAUUGCCCUUUACAGACCAGUCGAAUCACAGAACUCUCUCUCUCUCUAGAUUCGCAAGUUUCCGCCAUUUCUGUAGAACCGAAACUCGAAGCUCAGAAGCAGAAAAAGAAAGAUCAAAGAGAAGAAAAAGAAUGGAGAGAGCUACGCCGGUGAGGAAGCCCCACACAUCCACCGCAGAUCUGCUCACUUGGUCUGAAACUCCUCCGGCCGACUCUCCCGCCGUCGCCUCCGGUGCUUCUCGGUCCGCCGCUCGCUCCCACCAGCCGUCGGAUGGGAUCAGCAAGGUGGUUUUUGGAGGGCAGGUGACGGAUGAAGAGGCUCAGGAUUUAAACAAACGGAAACCUUGCUCAGGGUAUAAAAUGAAAGAGAUGACUGGUAGCGGCAUUUUUGUAGCCAAUGGAGAGAAUGAUGAAGCGGAAUCUGGCAUUGACAGUGCUACCCCAAAUAAUAAAACAGGAGUACGCAUGUACCAGCAAGCGAUUGCAGGUAUUAGUCAUAUUUCAUUUGGUGACGAAGAGAGCGUUUCUCCCAAAAAGCCUGCAACACUGCCUGAGGUGGCAAAGCAGCGUGAACUGAGUGGGACCUUGGAUAGUGAUGCAGAUGCAAAACUGAAGAAGCAGCUUUCCGACGCUAAAUGCAAGGAGCUUAGUGGACACGACAUAUUUGCUGCCCCUCCUGAAAUUUUACCCAGGCCAACUACUGCUCGCACUUUGGAUUUGAAAGGAAGCAUAGACAUUGGCGAUUCUUCUAACCCUGCUGGAGGUCAGGGCAAUGCCACGUCUGCUGAUGAACCCCUGAAAACAGCAAAGAAAAUAUACAACAAGAAAUUCACCGAGCUCUCUGGAAAUGACAUAUUCAAAGGUGAUGCUCCUCCAUCAUCGGCUGAGAAAUCACUAAGCGUGGCAAAGCUGCGGGAGAUAAGCGGAAACGAUAUCUUUGCUGAUGGGAAAGUAGAGUCUCGAGACUACCUAGGGGGGGUACGCAAACCCCCGGGUGGCGAGAGUAGCAUCGCCUUGGUUUAACUUUGUUAGGGGUCUAACUUGGUCAUUAUUUUUUAUCACUUGGGGAGUCUGGUUUGUUUCUUCGCCUAGUGGGAAUGUGUUAUUAUAUAUUAUUUGACCUUGCAUUGUGGGUUUUUGGGUAUUAUGGUUUAGGUUUUAACGUGUCGGCCGGAGCUGUGGAGUAUGGACUAUCUGCUAAUUGGGUUGCAUGUCCAUAAUCGUGUUCUUUUCUGUGCGUGUCUUAAUGAAGUGCUUGGGCUGUUUACGAGGUUUUAAUCUAUUUUUCUUGGCUCUUUUUUAAUUUAA